CCGGCUGCUAAUAGCAAUCAAAAUAAUAAUAAUCAGAAACCGCUCUCCAACGUAACAAAAUCAGCGACUAAUUCCUCAUCAAAGGUAAAAUCCAAAGUUACAUCUUCAAAACCAUCCACCGUGAAAGAAAAAGUCACAUCAUCAAAGCCGGCCGCUGACACAGAAAAAUCCAAAGUCACAUCAUCAAAACCGACCAUUGAUAAAGAAAAACCUAAAGUCACUGCAUUAAAAACCUCUACCGACAAAGAAAACUAUCCCAAUAAAAAUGAUUCGCGCCAAUCAAAACGAAAAACAUUCACCGUGAGGAGCAAAAAAGGUGGUCGUUUUAGUCCAUAUAAACGUACCACGAAAAACGUUAUUUUCAAACAGCCACGCAAACCUAUACCAGAAAACUCUUCGUUAGCACGAAGACAGUUAUACUCACAGAAAUUGAAACUCUGGCGUGUUUCAAUGAUUAAAAGAUGGUUUCCUAAAUUUUUUGAAAAAGACAUAAAAGCCUCGUGUAAAUCAAGAAAAGAGUUUAAAGAAAUUUAUCACUUUUCACACGCCUGCACAGUCCUUGAUCCUGCAUAA